AAAAUUCUGAAGAUGAAGAUACAUUAUAACUAGAUAUUCUUAUGUGUGUUGAUUUUUGCACUUCAGAACUCAUGGUAGAAAUUACACAGGAUAAGCAAUAGUUAUAUUGCUAUUUUUAUAAGAUGUGUUUAUAUGUGUUUUUCAAACACAUGAUUCAAUAUACAUAUCAGCAGAAGAACAUAGAUACAUUAUGCAUAGUGAUCAAUACUGGCACACAUAAACAAUGAGGGGAUGAGGCAGAAUCAUCAGAAAAGUGUGUCAUCAGGUCAUGACUCCACCAUAGGGGCAUCACCUGAAGCAUGAGGGCUGGGUUAGGGUUGGCUGUCUGCUCUCACCAUUACCAUCCUGUCACCACCACCAUCACCAUUGCUGCUGAUGCUGCUCUGACCAGUGUUUCAAGAGAUGUGGUUGAAUAGUGUUGUGACAGUGACAUUGCUGGUCACUACCACAAGAUUAAUGGUAAUGGCUCUUCAUUCCAAUCCAGUCCACAGGCAACCAAGAUGUGUCUUUGGCUGGCGCUGGAUGGAGGUAGCUGGAGGGGACACACUAACUCUUACCUCCCCCAACUACCCUGCUUCUUAUGAUUACUUCUCCCACUGUGGCUGGACCAUCUGGCCAACAAGUAGGAAUGUUAUCCUCAAGCUGAGAUGUGACACCUUCUACCUCCAAGAGUCUAAGAAUGGGAUAUGUCAUGACUUUCUGAGAAUACAACAAGUCAAGUACUGUGGCUCCAAUACUCCUGUCUUCUCCACCAAAAACAUCACCAAGUUGGGCAUCACUUUCCACAGCAAUGGAAGGCUCAACUACCCGGGCUUUCAGUGUUCCCUCACUGCUUCUAACCCCAACACCCAGCACUGUGUGUGUGGUAAACAGGCCAGCAGUGGGGCAAAAGUGGCUCCCUGGUUAGCAGUCCUGGUACUUGUCAAUAGUUCCCAGGCUUUCUGCAGUGCUUCCAUUGUGAGAGAACACUGGGUCCUCACUUCAGCCACCUGUGCAGCAAGGAUAAAGCACAACAAAUACAAUUAUGCAGUCAGGGUAGGGAUUGGCCAAGACACAGGCAGCGUGCUCAUCCCCAUCAGAAGAGUCCUUCUACACCCAGCUUCUCUCCAUGGCCUGUCACACACUGAUGCCAACCUUGCCCUCAUCCAUCUCAAGCAGGCAAUUACCUUCCGCAAUGGAGCAGCACUCCCUGUGUGUCUGCCCCUCAGCCCUGCCCACCAUCGGCCAGCCUCAGGCUCCCCAAAAUGGCAAGGGUGGCGUGGUGCAGAAGUGGAGGAGCAGGAGUGCCUUCCAGACCACCAGGGACCUGCCUGGCUCUGUGGUCAGCCUGCAGACUUAUGCCAUCCUGAAAAGGGUGAUCUUGGCAGCCCUCUAGUGGCAAAGAGUAAAGGAGGAGGCUGGGUGCAAGUGGGUGUGGCAGUAGGUGGUAAUAGCUGUGCAGGUGACAAAAGGUUGCAUCAAGAGUCUGUCCCUCAUGCACAAGUUGCUUACAUCAGUGUGAUAAACCACCUGUCCUGGAUUGUCAGGACACUAGGGAGGGACAACACCUGUCCACAAAGGGAAUGACCAUGCACUGCUCAGGCAGAUCUAGAGCUGCCCAACAAGAAACACUUUCUGGUAUUGGUAUUACAAGAAAGACAAAACAUACACAAAGUCUGCUUUCAGUUUUCAUUGAUGACUUGCUAUUCUGUGUCAAUGUAUUCCAGAUUUGUUUGUAAUCCAGCCAUGUAGCUUUAUGGAAGGAUUUCCUACUUAUUUCCAUUUUUCACGUCUGGUUCCCUGUAGGAAAUGUGGCCAAGGGAGGAUGACAAGAACAACAGGAAAUUUCCAUGAUAUUUUCCAAGUAAAAUCCGUGCUUUGUCCAAUCUUUACGAUCUUAUCAGGAUUUUUUUUUUUUUCAGUUUAGUCACAAAAGUAUACAUAAUACUGAAUUUCACAUAAGUAGUUCCACUUGAGUGGACAGUCAUGUAUAAAAAUUAAACAUUAUUGGGAUGAAACACUUUCAUACUUGAGAAACAAUCUUAUUGCAUAUUUAUAACUUUGACCAUGCAUUACUACUAGACUACUUUAUUUAGUACCUAAAUAAACUUAACACUUACCCAAGUCAUCAAUGUAUGUUAUUUAUUAAGGCUAUGCAGUAUGAACAUUGAA